GGGGAGCAGUGCCACUGGACCAGGACGAGCACCAUUCCAGCGCAGCAGCGCAGCGUACGAGGAGGCGGGAGCAUUAGAGUAUGGCGAUCUGCGUUCGAGGAGUCCCAGUAUCUUUUUGGAGCCACCAACGCCAGAUCCCACGCAUGCCCACUUUGGGCCAGGAUGGGGUCGUCCCAUGUCGCCCAUGGAUUUGCCACCGGAACGGUCACCAGCGCCCAGCGGACCCGGUAGCAAGUCACCCACCGGCGGCAAGUCACGGCUGCGACCCAAGCUCCAUCUGCCGCUGGGACGACUGGGGCGAUCCAGCUCCUCGGACACCAAGGAGAGCAACAGACUGCGCGAGGACGUACACGUGCACGUGGAGAAUCCGGUAUUCAGCAGCGAGAAUCUGCGCCAGAACAACUUCGAUGCAUUCUUCGAGGCCCGCGAGCCGGUCAUCAAGGUACAGCCGCGCACGCCUCACACGGCGCCGGCGGACAGCAGGGGUUACUCGCCGCCCCUGCCCCUGGAGAACUAUGCGGGGGUCUAUGACUCACCGCGGACGCGGAGUCCCGCCGGCAAGGGCAGAGGCGGCAGCGGCGGAGGAGGAUUAUUUGCCAGGUCGCCCAAGGAGGAGCGUGAGAGAAUGGCCGGCGCCAGAUCCCGGAGUGCGGAUCAGUGCGAUGGAGCUACAGGCGCCAGUGGCGGCGGCGGCGGCAGCGGUGGUGGCAGUACAGCCGGAGCGCCCUCCAAAGGUGACAGGUUCUUCGGUAAAAUCUUCAAGUGGUCGAAGAAGUCGUAGGAGGAUCUUCGGGUGGAGGGGACCACGCGGUGGUGCCCUUAGCCCCCAGGGCGGCAGCAUGGCGUCCUACAACGGCGUGCUCAAGGAUUACAGUCACAGCAGUUUGAACGAGGCUUUCAAAUCCCAGAACAAUGUCAACUUUAAGUUAAUUAAAACAGUAUCCGAUUUCUCCGAAACACUAUCCCGUUUGUAUGAAGAGCACGCGACUGCCCUUCAAGUUGCGGUGUCCAAUUAUCGCAAAAAGAAUGCCGAAUUACGAAAAGAAAGACCCGCCUGCCACUUGGCCAUUUUUCAGGCAUGGGAAACAUUCCUGCAGGAGGUCGAAACGGAUUCACAGGCCUGCAACGACGUGGCCAGCGUCCUCUCCCGCCAGGUGUCGAGACCAAUGCUGGAUAAAUCCUUUCAUCGCAAAGUUCAAAGCCGUAAAAUAUUCACACACAGGGAGUCUUUUGAGACUAUUAUCGCAAAGACUGAAGAGAAGCUGUCAAAGUGCCGGAUGGACUACAAGCAGUGCCAUCAGGCCCACCGACAGAAUCCCAGCCAGCAUUCGCUCACCGAAUACAUCGACGCCCACAACGCGUACGUGCAGCAACUGCAUGCCACCAAUGGCAUGCUGGAGGCCUACCACUGCGACACCCUGCCCCAGCAGAUGCAGGAGCUGGAGGAGAUCCACAACGACCUGAGCGGCAUUGUGUCCGAUUCGCUGCUGCAGGGCGCCGAUGUAAUUGCCGGCAAGGCCAGCGACCAGGCCAAGCGGUACAGCAGCCUGACCAGCCAAUGCAGUGCGGUCUCGCCUCAACAGGAUCUGGUGAACUUCGUCCGCUUGCUGGCCCAGCCAUCGCAGGCUCAGAAGGUUCCAAGGCGGAUGUUUGCCCCACCCCAAGGCGAGCCUGGCGAUGAGGCGGGUGACCACAAUGAGAUGACGCCUUGUCUGAGGAACGAGCUGGUCUUUGACCGGCACUCCACCUUGUCGCAGCGCUCGGCACUGGAGUCGCUGAAGCGAGAGGCCAUUGAAUUGGAAUUGCAAAUACGUCAGUUGCAGGACUCCAUUGAUGCCCUGAAUCGCACCCAAACCCGCGGCAUCGAGGGCCAACUGUACAACAAGGUCAAUGAGCUGCAGGAGGAUUUGUCCAUGAAGAAGUUCGACCUAAGGGCCAAGCAAAUCCAUUUGGCGGCCAUACGAGCUCAGAAGGAUCUGUUCGUGAGCAAAGUUGAGCCAACGUCGCCGCGAAACGAACGCAAAUUCUCCGCUGCCACAGCGCCAUCGAUGAAAACAAAGUGGCUGAAAGCAUUUAAGAGCCUAAAGCCCGCUGGUUCUGGUUCAGCACAACAAGCGGAUAGGCGCAAUGGAGCCUCCAGCACAGCCUCAGAGCCCCUGCGCCCCAAUUUGGAUGGGAGCCAUCACCUGCAGGAGUACACCUACAAGAAGAUAACGGCCUGUGACGUCUGCUCCCAGAUACUGAGAGGCCACACGCGUCAGGGACUAAGGUGCCGCAUCUGCAAGCUGAAUGCCCAUGGAGACUGCGCCCCAAACCUGCCACGAUGCCAGCCCAAGCAGAAGCUGCUGCGGCGCCAGAAGAGCACCUCGGAGCUGGAGAAUCGCGUUGAUAUCGAGGAAGAAACUGGCGCCGACAAAUCCGUCCAGGGCAAGCCAUUGGACGGCAGCAUGGCCGGCGGAGCAGUGCUUCCCGUGCCAGUGCUCACCGAGCGGGAGCUGGGCCGGGCUCCGCCGCCGGAUAUACCCAUUGUCAGUGUCUCGGAAUUGGCCCUGCAGGAGCAACAGAAUAUACAGCAACAGCAGCAACAGCAGCAGCAGCAACAGCAUCUCCAGCAGCAGCAGCAGCAGCAACAGCAUCUCCAGCAGCAACAUCAAAGGAGUCUGGCAUCGGUGGCUCAGGCGGCGGCGGUUCGGGCCGGCCGAGGAGUCCGUCCGCCACCGGUGGCCAUGCCCAUACUGGGCGUCCAGCUGCAGCAGCAGGAGCUGCAGCAGCAGCGCGGCGGCCUGCCAGUGCCCAGCCAAGAUAUAUCUAGUAGCUCAGCACCGCACUCACCGCGCCGCCAAAAGUUGAACUUACGCAUGAAAUCCCUGAGCCUGGACUCGCCCGAAUCCUCGGAGCUGCACGGCCAGUUCAGGCGAAGGGCCCAGCUGCCCGGGACAGGUGCCUCAACGUCGGCCGGUUCCGGUGCCGGUUACUACCACGGCGGCUCCGGAGGCCACCUGGAGCACAGCACUCCGCCGUCGAACAACAGCCGCCUGCACUCCCCGUCGAGCCCCUCGCAUCCGGGCCGUAAGCUGCUCUAUGCCACCAGGGGCAUGCGUGGCGGCAGCGUUGAUCUGCCGGAUGAAAUGGAGAAGUCACAGUCCUCGGCCAGCACCUCGCCGUGCCUCUCACCCAAAACCCAUCGCCUGCUGCCCACGAACCUGUACGUCAUCAUCUACAACUUCAAGGCGCGGCAUGCCGAUGAGCUGGACCUCAAGGCGGGGUACAAGGUCACCGUCAUCGAUAACUCGGAUCCGGACUGGUGGAAGGGCAAGGUCCUGGGCCGCGUUGGCUACUUCCCAUCCAAGUAUUGUGUGCGUCUAAAUGCCAACGAGAAGCCCCUUCAGGUGACCCACAACCUCCAGGUCUCCGACAGCGAGCGUGGCGAGAAUCUUACCCUGCUGCGUGAUCAAAUCGUCAUCCAGACCGGCGACGAGGUCAACGGCAUGGUUAUGAUCCGCGCCGCGGAGCACGGGCAGGGCUACUGCCCGAUCAAGUAUCUGCAGGAGGUGUGACAGCCAGAAGAGGACGAGCCGCCCUCCGACGAGCGGGACAGACCGCACAAGUCAUCCCUGCAGACGUCGUCGCGGACAGCGGACAAGACCAAGCGUAGGAUUAGAAUCGUAGUGUCCGAGAACCACAGUUUAGCUGGUAGUAGCGUUGCACCCGCAUCUGCAUCCGCACCAACCGUAACCACAUCCGCCUCCAUGCACCACCUGAGCCAGUACCAUCAUCAUCAUCAUCAAGUUCCCCGCGAGUCCGACACGGAGACGAAGCGGCUGAACAUCGACUACGGCGAGGAGUCGGGCAGCGCCGACUGGGACAAGGACAGGGAAGUCCUUAUCCUCUCGGGAAGACGCAACAAGAACGACAAGAACUGGGAGAACUGGGAACGCAUUCGCGAACAGAAACUGGAGAAGAUGAAGGGCAUCUGCUUCGAGAGCUACCGCCAGUCGAAAAGGGACAAGCUGCUGCAGGCCAAGCCACGGCCCAAGCAGCUGGAUCCCACCUGGUACACGGACAACAUUUACUCCAAUCGCUCCGACGACAUGGACGAGGACUAUGUCCCGGAUUGCCUCAAGUACGGACCCUUCCGCACGCUGCGCGAUAUCCACGAGCUGGACGAGAAGAGCGGUGUGUCAGGAACCACGGAGCAGGAGCGCCGGGGCGAGGGCGAGGGAUCCCCCGGCUAUGGGCUGCAUCGUUCCAAGAGCUGUAAGGAGUUUCAGUACCCCAAGUCCCAGAGCUGGUGCUUCGAGGGCAAUGUCUUCGAGGCGGGCGGCGGCGUGGCCAGUGGCAGUGGCAGCUCCGGAGGCCCUGGCACCACUGCCCCGCCUGCUGCCACCACCUCCAUCCUGAAAAACCGGGCGGGUGUGCCCAAGUCGUACUCCUUUAGUGCCACCACCAAGACCAUGCCCUUCGACAUCAUCGACUACGAGCUGCCCCCCGCCUCGAAUACACGCCGUGAGAAGCGAGAGGCGUACCGCCGCAACAUGAACCAGCUGUGCAGCAGCAGCCUGGACCGCUGUUGUGCCAGGGAUCAGUGCACCAGCGCCCGCUGUCUGCUGGAGGAUAUCUAUCCGGGUUCCAGGAUGAGACCCAGGGCACCGGGAGCCGGAAGCAGCCGGAACCUGAGUGCCGCCGACUGGCUGUUUGAGGAAAGAGGUGGAGGGGCAAGGCUUCCCCCCAGGCUACCAACCACUGCACCCACGGUCAUCUGCUGCUGCUCAGCGGCGGAGGACUGCUGCUGCCAUCGCCAGCAACGCCAACAGGCACCGCCUCCCGCCCCGCUGCGUCCCCAUGGCCGGCCGCAUUGUCCUGGACAUCAUCCUGCUGCCGAGGAGGAGGAGCACAUGCACUGCCGCUACGAUACCGACCUGGAGCACUUUAUACGCGCCGAAAGGGAACGUCUGCUGCUGCAGGACAAGUUCCUGGAUGAGGACGAGCGGUAUUUAAGUGCUGCUGCUCCCCGUAGUCCUGGAAGGCGAUAUGCCUCGGGAAACUAUCAACGCCCCCCGCGCAGCAAAUCGCUGCUGGAGAUGCAGCCUCAUCCGCCGGCCACUCUGUACGACGAGGACACCUGCUCGGACACCACUGAGAUCGACUUGGAGGACUUUAACAUCGAUUUGGAAAAGUACUGGGAGCAGCUCGACAAGCCGCCCAGUCCCAUCAACAUGGACAUGCGCCGCAAUAUGCACAGCAGCCUCAAGGUGAAGAACGUCAAUGUGAGAUGCUACAACAAUGGCCAGCCGAUUGAUCUCCAUGACCGGGAGCACGAGCGACUGAUGAUCAAGAAGUCACUCCUGGAGGGCAUGCCCUCGCCCCCGCAGCUGGACUCCAGCGAGUCCUCGACCAACGUUGGUGGCUAUCAUCCAUCUUUUUUUGACUCUGCGCCCGCGCCCGCUCCUGCCUUCCAGCACCGAACCUCCUACGGCCACAAUCCGCUUAGCCAGGGCUAUGGUCACAAGGUGUAUCCCACGGUGGACACGCUGCCCUCGUAUCAGUAUAAUAACUUUUAUCCGGAGCACUCUGGACACUCGACGGUGGGCAGUGUGCUCACCCAACAACCGCCGGCGGGCAUCCAUCAUCCGUCGGCCGGGGGUCACUCUGCCUUGAGCCUGAUCAACAACAUCUUUUCCAUUUACAAGCCCAACAAGUAUUCGCCGGAGAACUGCCAGAUGAACUAUGAGAGCAAGCCGGAGCCUUGCAAGAAGAUGAAUAUGCCCAGCACUCGAAGACCCCUGGGAGCAGCCUCGAUUCAGCAGCAUCCCAUGCAACAUCCCCCGCAUGAUUAUGUCCACUCCUCGAUGAAGCGACCGCUGCUGGUGAGCGCCGAUCAGCCGCACUUCAAGAUUAUACCAGAGAAGACGGGUCUGAAGAUAUCACCGCUGCUGAGCUACGAGGAUUAUGGCGGGGGAGAGAAGGCCAGCCACCACCACAGGCUGAGUAGUACGGCGCGGCCUCUGAUGCUCCCGCACUGAUGGUGCUGGACCUUUCCUUGGUAUGGCAAUGGCAAUGGCAAUGGCAACUACUGCUAGGUUGGGCAGUCCUAACUAACCCCAAACCCUUAAAAAAAAAGACUCGCGAAUAGCAAACCCAAGCGCACAAACUGGGUCCAGCCAAAGAGGGUAGGAAGCUGGGCAGGAUCUCCAGGCUCAACUUCCGCUUUCCCUUGACUCCAAUCCACCAACUCGCCGUCUUCUUCGUCGUCGUCGUCGUCGUCUUCGUCCAUCCGCACAAUUUGCUUUUGGUUUAGCAGGGCAAGUGUUCCAUCGAUGCAUCGAUCCUUGAGAGGAGACAACAACAACAACAACAACAACAGCCAUACCAUUGGAAACAGCACUCAGACACCAACAACAACAACAAACAGCCGAAAGAAACAAGACCAACUUAGUCAAGGAUAUGUCAGGAUAUAUGUCAAAAGUAAAAAAAAACAAGCGUAGGCUUAGUAGCAACGAUUUGAUCAGCGGAUCGAUUAGGAUUAACCAGCAAAAACAGGAUACCCAAUCAUACUCCUCACUCACACACACACACACGUAUACAAUCAAUGUGCUUUUAAUUCGCUUAAAAUCGCUAGAGAAAAAUCAAGUUCGCUAACAACAACAAAAAGGAAAAUCCAACAACAGAUACACUAAUUUUCGAGCAACUUUUAAGCAAUCAAUACGCGAUUCCAAUAGAACGAAGCGUAGACCCAAGUCGGCUAUAUAUAUACAUAUAUACAGAUAUGUGUAUUAAGCCGUUCAUAUCGCGUUUCAUAUAUUCCAAUAUGAACCUUAAACUCUGUAGCAAGCUAAAACGGAUUUUAUUCGGGAGUAUAUACAUUUAUAUAUGAUAUAGAUCUCUACCGGGACUUAUUUCGUCGGCUAAAAACGCGAUAAUUUUGAGGAGAAAGUAAAAUACUAAAGAAGGAGAACCGUUUUUAUUGUUACCAAAAUUUUUUCUAUUUUUUAUACCAAACAACUUUGAAUCAACUAAACGGAAAGGUAUAGAGAGAGAUCGGGAGAGUUCACCAAAAUUGCAGCUAGGAUCGUUAGGGCUAGAAGCUUACCCCAUAAGUUGCGGCUACUAGAAGGGAUUAUUAUACGAAUACCAGCGCAUGUGCUAUAUACUAUAAAUAUAUAUAUGCGGAGGACUCGAUAGAAGCGCUUUUUGUAAACUAACUAGAUUUGUAUCGAAAUGUGAAACAUUGAAUAUGAUAAAACAUGAAUUGUACUUUUAUGAUGUAUGCGUAUCCACUGGCCUUAUUUAUUGAAGAAGUAACCAAAAAAUAAAAAAUUAAUAUAAAAAAACAAUGAGCUGAACCCUCACACACAAACAUAACACUGACAUCCAGAAAAACAACUUGAGAAUUACAACAACAACAAACAAAUUGAAUUUUCACAAAGAUUUUAGCUUAAGGCUUCGCGUCACUUUCGUUAAUUGUUUUUUGGCGUCCAAUUUUACAUGAUAACUAACGUAGGACUCUAGAAAGAACAACAAAUCGAAACUAUCGAGCAUAGAUUAACAACUAUCGAGUAUUUUGUAGUGCGUAAGCUAAACUAAAACCCAAGAACUACAAAAACCAAACCAAAAUGAGAAAAGCGAUGAAGAUUUUGAAUUUGAAUUUAUUUUUAACGACUUUUUGAAUACAAUGAGAUCGUUUUUUAUCUAUUUAACAUUUUCUUGAACCACAUACAACAACAACAACUAUUUGCUAAGUGUACCCUAUGGCCUAUGAGUUAGUUAGUAAGAGUAACGAGUUUUUCCAAGCCCUAAAAACCCCGCUUUGACCACUGGACAGAUACAGAUACAAAUGAAGAGAGAGAUACAGAUACAGGACAGACGGACAGUAUGACAGGGGGUAUUCUGCACAAAACCCAAUCUAGGAAAUAUCCAUAUACUGCACCCAAUUAAUUGUACGAUAUAUAUCGAGUAACGAUUAACGAGUAUUUACGAUCACAUCUAGCGAGUAAGCAGGAAUGAAGAAUUGUAUUGUAAAAUGAAUGGAAUCGACAAACACGAAAACGCCCAAAUCUUAUGAGUAUGUAAGCAAAGCCGAGAAUAUAAAUUCAAACAGGAUAACCGCUGGCCACUGGCCGCCGGACGUCUAACUGCUGAAAUUGGCAAUUAAGUAUAUAGGUAUACACCCCAAAAACACAAACACAUACACACUCACCACACACCAUAUGUAUGUACAAUGUAGUAGAAUUUUCAACUAAACUAGACCGAAACUUGGCAAAAGUAGCGCCACAUCCGUGCAAGUCCAAGGUUCCCGAGAGUCCUUCGAUUUUAGAGAUUCUAAAUCGAUUGGUACUCGCCCGUUUUUCCGGGGUCCUGUGUCUCACUUCACGGAGCAGCUUCUCGUUUUUUAGUGUAAAUUUUUUGGUUUUACAUAAGCGUAAGGAGCAGCAGCAGGAUUAGAUUGAUGCAGCUUCCGGAUGAGGAGGUCACUAGCAACUAGCUAGCAGAAAAAUACUUGUAAACAGUAACUAGAAAAUGGAACAAUAUAAUAUCAGAGCAACGUAAUAUAUCAGUUGAAGAGAAAAACAACAACUCAUUUAGCACUACCUGCAAUUUGAAUGUGAAAAGCAAGACACACUCCCCCAGCCCCAUGGCCCCCGCUUCUCCGAUGCGACCCCAUUAAUUUACCUGAAUUGCAA